GUUCUCCCCUCAGCAGCCUCCACUGAAGUCAAGGGCUUCUCAGAGAAGAUGUCCGGGGGGAGCAGUGGGCAUACCAGGACGCGAGAGGAAUUUAAGGUUGUGAUAGUAGGUGAUGGUGGAUGUGGGAAAACCUCUCUACUCCAGGUUUGCACUAAAGGAGACUUUCCAGAGAAAUAUGUUCCAUCUGUGUUCGAAAAAUGUGUCGCCAACGUGAGGUACAGAGGCGCUGAGUUUCGUCUGAACAUCUACGAUACUGCAGGUCAAGAGGACUACGACAGAUUACGCCCUCUGUCUUAUCAGAGUGCCAACCUGAUAUUGAUCUGCUAUGAUGUCACUUGCCCCUCAAGUUAUGACAAUUUGCUAAUCAAGUGGUUCCCCGAGGUGCAUCACUUCUGCCGUGGCGUGCCCAUUAUCCUGGUAGGAUGCAAAACAGACCUGCGGAAAGACAAGGUCUUGGAAAAGAAACUGUGGUCUUCAGGCGAGAACCCCAUCACAUACAUCCAGGGUGAAGAGACCAAAAGGAAGAUCAACGCUGACCUCUACUUGGAGUGUUCAGCCAAAUACAAGGAGAAUGUGGAGGACAUAUUCAGAGAGGCUAUCAAACGAGCCAUUGCAGUAACAAGGAAGACAAAAUGGAAAAGAUUCUGUGCCUUUCUGUGACCCAAGAGAUAAUGCUAUCCACCACCGUGAGCUCCUGAUAGACAGUGCUCUAGCCCUAUACUCUCAGGGAAAACACAGAUGACUCCUCCCUUACGACAAGUCCUCUUACACUUUUGAUGCUGCCUGUCCACUGAAUUUCCCCCUCUGCUAACCCACUUCCUUUGUGUGGUUUUCCUUCCUGCUAUUUCUUGACAUAUCUUCAAAAUGUAUUUCUUUAAAAGAAACGGACAAUGCCCUCAAGUUAUAGACCCACAAAUGAGGAAAUUGGGUCUUCAACAAUUUGAGCAUACAUGAGCAGGACAUUGCAAAUAAUUGAAGGUACCAUUGUUUUCCAUAUUGAUGCAUCCAAUAUUUUUCAUUCAAAAGAAGGUUGACUCAAACAGUAAUUCAAAGUACAUCGCAUAAGUAUUUUUUAAAACUUUAAUAUGAAUAAAUGAAGCAACAUAAGACGGAUUUUCAGUAGGCAUAGGGUUGUUAUGCAUAACGUAAUCAAAUAUACAAAAUGUAUAAUGAUUGUCUAAUAAAGAGGUCAUUCCAAUCCUCUGCCCUUUGGAGUCUCACCACAAUGUAACAGAGUUACAGUAUAAGACAAUGAUUUGGCACCAGACAAUGCAGUGUAUUCAUAUAGUAAACAUAACUGUGUGGGGUUUCAUAAGCCCCAGGCACUCAAAGACCUCUUACAAAUCUUGGCCUCAAAUGGCAUUUAAGGGGGAUGUUACAAUCAUCAUACAGUAUACACUGAGUACAAAAUAUUAAGGACACCUUCCUAAUAUUGAAUUGCAC